AUGGCGACGAUGCGUGGGGUUCGAUGUAUUUUCUUGUAUCUCUCCCUCCUGUAUGUGAAUUUGCCCGUCCCGUGUGCUUCUUUCGACGGGCUCUGCCUCGUCGACGAUUUCAAGGUCAACUCGUGGAGUGCUGAUGAUUUCCGAGGAACUUCUGAAGAAGUCUUGGGGACAGCAUACUUCGACCAUAACAAUUCCCUGAUGGUGAUCCAUAGAAAUGUAGAGAAAGGAAUGGAAAUCAUCGAAUACAAUCAAGGAGGCAAAAUCAUAAACCGACGUAGAAUGGUAGGCUUUGGGAACAUUACAGCCCUCUCCUACGUUCGGGAUUCAAUCUUUGGUUACGUGGAAACUUCCAUGCCAAGAAUCACGUUCGUGAACUUGAGCAAGCAAUGGCUUCUCGAAGACACAUUAGAGUAUUCGAAGAUCCUCCAUGAAACAUUCCAGCUUGAGCCGAAAGAGAAAAAUUCCGAUCUUGAUGGUAUUGCCUUCGACUGGAUGCGAAAGGAUUUCUAUGUUGCCAACAACAAGCCACGCGUGAUCUCGAAAGUGCGGCAUCAGCAUGAAGGCAAUCAGCACGUGACAGAUGUCGUCUGGUGGGCAGACAGACAGUCAGACACAGCUCUCGCAAUCGCUCAUGAAUUGUGCUUGCAAAAGCAUGGAACGCUAGGAGGGGAGCUACUGGAGGGAGAGAGCAACAAAGCAUGUGAAGAGCGGGUUGCGCUUGAAUGGGGAGGAGGUGGCUCGUUCGGCAAGAUCGGAGACCUUGGGUUCAUCAAAGGUGAGGGUGGCCAGAACGAGCAUGGAUACGUCCUUCUUCUGCAAAAGCGAUCGCCAGGUGGACUGUUCCAAGUGGACAUGGACGGACGGACCUUGUUGAGGCUCUCAGUAGGAGAGAGCAACGACAAACAUUUUUCAGGACUAGCGGUCUCUAAAGAUGGUCUUGAUAUCUUCCUUGCGUACCUUGACGGGGACAUAAUGCGGUACACUUGCGUGCAUAAAAUAAGCUCGUUGGACCCCUCUGAGGUCAUCAAGAAUUGGAUCGUGAAGCAGGCGAAUGGAACUUCGAUUGAGGCAACAGUGGACAAACUGUCAAAGUGGCUCCAGUCUGGAAACAGUUCUUUGCCAGACUUUGUCGGCAGCUUUGGGGAUUACAUCGCAGUGAAGGCCUAUCUCCAGAACACAUCCAUCCACAGUCUCUUUCAAGAUAUGAUCCCAUCCAGCUUGAAAUCUAGCAAUGGGUUACCGUUGGUCGACCUGCUGCUACUGCUGUUCGGGCUCGCAGCUGUGUAUUGCUUCUCGCUCUGUAUCCUCAGAGUUGGCAUGGGGCUGAGAUCCGGCAGCCAUCACCUUGUGAACCUCGUUCGAAGUUACCUUGCUGAUGUCAAGAACUACUUUGCUCCCAAGAAACGCGAGACCAACCAUAGAUUUCGUUCAGCACCGCACUAUGAACCCAUGUGUGCAUAUGAUGAUGAGAUCGAGCUUGGGGAGUUAUCGAAGCUAGAAGACUAA